UUGGGGUCUGAGCUAUGAUUGGCCGAGCCCGAGCCACGCCCCUAGCCCUUUCCCCCUUUUUCCCCCCCUCCCCUCCUCCUCCCCGGUAAGGGUGUGUUGAAGGAAACAGGAUCAGCCUGGGGCCAGCAUGAGCCAGAGGGAGGGAAGUCUGGAAGACCACCAGACUGACUCCUCAUUCUCAUUCCUACCCCAUUUGGAGGCCAAGAUCCGACAGACACACAACCUUGCACGCCUCCUGACCAAAUAUGCAGACCAAUUGCUGGAGGAAUAUGUGCAGCAACAGGGAGAGCCCUUUGGGCUGCCGGGCUUCUCACCACCGCGGCUGCCGCUGGCCGGCCUGAGUGGCCCGGCUCCGAGCCACGCGGGGCUACCGGUGUCCGAGCGGCUGCGGCAGGAUGCAGCCGCCUUGAGUGCUCUGCCCGCGCUAUUGGAUGCUGUGCGCCGCCGCCAGGCGGAGCUGAACCCACGCGCCCCGCGCCUACUGCGGAGCCUGGAGGACGCUGCCCGCCAGGUUCGGGCCCUGGGCGCCGCGGUGGAGACCGUGCUGGCCGCUCUGGGCGCUGCAGCCCGCGGGCCCGUGCCAGAGCCUGUCGCCACCUCCGCCCUCUUCACCUCCAACAGUGCGGCAGGCGUCUUCUCAGCUAAGGUGCUGGGGCUCCACGUGUGCGGCCUCUAUGGCGAGUGGUGCUUACAUGCAAUCUCCAUGUGUGUGCCCAGUGCUUACAUGCAAUCUCCAUGUGUGUGCCCAGUGCCCUUGGAGGCCAGAAGCAUGAAUCAGAUCUCUGGGACUGGAGUUGCAGAUGUCUGUGGGGCUGGAGAGAUGGCUCAGUGGUUAAGAGGACUGACUGCUCUUCCAGAGGUCCUGAGUUCAAUUCCCAGCAACCACACGGUGGCUCACAACCAUCUGUAAUGGGAUCAGAUGCCCUCUUCUGCUGUGUCUGAAGACAGCGACAGUGUACUCACAUACAUAAAAUAAAUCUUAAAAAAAAAAGUUCCCGGGGUUGGGGAUUUAGCUCAGUGGUAGAGCACUUGCUUAGCAAGCACAAGGCCCUGGGUUCGGUCCCCAGCUCCGAAAAAAAAGAAAAAAAAAAGUUCCCUUUAUGGAAAUCCAUCAACUCUACUAGGAUACUUAGAUUAUAAUGUGUACUUUUCAGUACAUUUGUUACUUUCAAUAAAAAGUUUGAAGUGGGCCAGAGAGAUGGCUCAGCAUUUAAGAGCACUGGCUGCUCUUCCAAAAGACCCAGGUUCAAUUUCCAGCACCCACAUGGUAACCUACAACCUUUCUUAACUCCAGUUUCAGGAGAUCUGAUGCCCUCUUUUGACCUCCUUACGCACAAAAAAAAAAAAAAAAAAAAAAAAAGAUAAAAAUGAAAAACAAUAGCAAUGGGGGCUGGAGAGAUGGCUCAGCUGUUAAGAGCACCGUCUGUUCUUCCAGAGAUCCUGAGUUCAAUUCCCGGCAACCACAUGGUGGCUCACAACCAUCUGUAAUAGGAUCUGAUGCCCUCUUCUGGUGUGUCUGAAGAUAGCUACAGUGUACUCAUACACAUAAAAUAAAUAAAUCUUUAAAAAAAACAAUAGCAACAACAAACUUUGAAAAAAAAUCAAAGGAUACACCCAGAAUCUAAUCACUUCUCUCCUUCUUGCCACCUGUAGCACCUCAGGGCAAGCCCUGUCACCCUCUCUCUUCCCUGGCCUCUGUUCCCACCUGGUAGCCCUCUGGUAUAGUCUCCACCCAUCCAAGCAUGUCCCUGUACUGCUGAAACAUUCUCAUGGACCCCUCCUCAUCCAGUGUAAACACAGGUCAGCAGAGGUUCUGUUCCCUCAGCACUGGCUUUGUUUGUGUUUUUCAAAACAGGGUUUCUCAUGCAGCCCUGACCGCCCUGGAACUCUCUCUAUAGACCAGGCCGGCCUUGAACUCACAAAUUCACUUGCCUCUGCUCCCUUCUACUUUCAUGUCCUGUAGAUAUACAUUUACAUUUAUAGCUGGGCUGUGGUGAUGCAGGCUGUUAAUCCCAGCAUUCAGGAGUUCUGUGAGUUUGAGGCCAGCCUGGUCUACAGGCCAGCCAGGGGGGAAAAACUUAGAUUCUGCAUAUGAGAGAAAUCAUGCAGUAUUUGUUGGAAUCUGACUUAUUUUGCUUAGCAUAAUGAUCUCAGUACCUUCAUUUUGUUUGAAAAUGUUAUCGUUUCAUUCUUUUAUGGUUGAAUAAAAUUCCAUUGUGUGUAAAGUAG